GAGCCAGGACGCUGACGAAGAGGGCCAUACUCUCCUCUCGCGAGGGCCACGAUGAGCUCCGUUGCUGCCUAGCUCGAACGAAUUCUACGUGGAAACUCCUCUUCAAUCGAUGGCUGCGUUCGCCACGAUCCCGCCGCGGGCUUUGUGCUGCUCCUCUUCUUCCACAUUCGCUCGAGAUGGGUCUUUCUCAUUCCUAACUCGUCAGCCAGGAAGAACGAGCCUCGUGAAGAAUGGGGAGCUCCUCAGAAUACGAAGUGUGGCAGAAGAACAGGAGAGCAGUCAGAAGCUGUCGCGGGCAAUUGUAUCCAGAAGGACGGUGCUGCACACUGGCUUGAGUCUCUGUGGCUCCACAACUUUGUUGGGAAAUUUGGACGCGGCUUUGGCUGAGGACGAGCUGCCGAUAACAAAAAAAGUAUUCUUUGAUGUUUCCAUUGAUGGGCAACCGGUAGGUAGGAUCGUGGUCGGGGUCUAUGGAACAGCUGUACCGAUUGGAGCUCAGAGGUUCGGAGAGAUUGCAGUGGGGCAGAGAGGGAUCAGCUACAGAAGAAAGGAGUUCCAGAAAAUCACGCCCACCUACAUUCAAAACGUUGGAGUGCGCACUUUCAGCUUGAGUGGUGGAUCAGCUGAUGCAGCGAACUUCACAGGAGGUGAGACCAAUGAGGCGUUGGUUGCCGAGAUGGCCGAGCUCGACAAGAAGGGGACUCGGCUGAAAAACCUGAAAGGUUCUGUGUCUCUCAUCGUGGUUGAUCCGACGAAGCCGCCACCCAAACCAAGGUUGGUGGCACGAGAUGGAAAGUUUUCGAUGGUUGAGGAGGAAGCUCGUCCCGAUCCCAAUGGAACGGAGUUCAUGAUCGUAACAGCCGAUGCACCUGAGCUCGAUGCCAGCAAUCUCGUCGUAGGCCGUGUGGUGGAAGGCUUGGAUGUCGUGAAUCAGAUAGCCAAUGUGAAGGUGGUGCAGGAGAACACGAGCAGCCCUUACUUCCAGGCCGCGAAGUUGAUCGGAGACACUCGUGUUAUAGUUGCUGAAAAGGGAUUCUACAGGCCAUACAGCAAAGUCCUAAUCAUGAAGAGUGGAGAAGUAACGCAAUGAGCUCCUCCUCUGUAACUUCCGUCAGACACUCGUAUCAUGAUUCUCCAAAUUUUGAUCUGUAACAAAUGUAACACUAGUAGUUCGUACAAGGACGUGCGAGGAAAUGGCCCAUAUUUUCCGGCCGUGUAAAUGCAAUCAAGUUACUCCACAGCCCUGCCUCUGUCCCAGCGAGCAACGAUAGUCGACUCUUUCGGCACCACUUUCCACCAACAAAAUUCCUGCUCCGAAUCUAGCAGGGAACAUUCGGUGCCCUGAUCAUGCCUCGAAUGCAAGGAAAAGUUUCACGUCCACGCCACACGAAGCUCCGUCUUCCUUCAACUCCGAGAACGCGCAUGAUAUAGAAAAGAAUUUGCAAGAUCCUCAGUCCUCGUUAGUCUGUGGACAUAAUCGCGCUCUACACAAAGCAGUUCCACAUUACUCCAGUCCUCGAUGGUGAGUGCAGCAGUCGCCUCUCUCUUGGUGAUAAAUCACGUGUGUAUCACCAAGAGGAAAUAGAAAUACACGGACCAUGGCAUCGUCACAUCGCACAAAGUAUGAGGAAGUGUCUCGC